CAACGCAGGCUUCUAGCACGCAUCAUUGUACAGUGUCCAAAUCACACCAUACAUGGCGCUUGUGAUCAAAUCCAGCUACCAUUUUCCAAACCUGCCCAGACUUCCAACCUCACUCAUCCCCGAACUCUCAACGUCAUCCACACUCAUAGUCUUUAAUUCAUCUUCAUAUCAAUUCAGCAUCAAGUCUCUCGAGUGUAUUCAGUCACAUUUAUGGCUUCGCGACCCGACAUGGACGACGAAGAUCUGACCUUCCACUGCUGCGCGCCCCUCCGGCCCUCAGAACUCCUUAGACCAAUUGACGUCGGCGACCUGGGCGGCUCAGGUCAUGCAGGAAAAUCAACCUUUCUCGCCUGGCCCAUCUUCGGCCCUCUCCUCUUCCAAAACGAAACAAGCGACGCGCGUGAUCACUGCGCGAAUGAGAGGACAUUCCUGAGCUACCUCCGCCUUUCAGUCUACAUGUCCAUCGUCGCCGUCGCAAUCGUCCUCUCCUUCCACCUGAAAUCCGAACCAAGCCAACUCGAGCUGCGCAUGGCCAAACCACUCGGCAUCAUCUUUUGGAUCUUGGCUGUUGCAUGUCUGUGUCUUGGGAUUGGGAACUAUAUUAAAACCGUGAACAAGUAUAGUCGCAAAGCGGCCAUCGUGCAAACCGGAUGGAGAACGCAGCUCGUCCUCGCCGUGGUGGCCCUCAGCAUCGUAGGAACAUGCGUUGUCCUACUUGUCAUCACAAAAAUCUCAGCAAACGCUCGAGAAGGAAAUCAAAACUCGUCAAACACCGACACCGCAGCAGCAGCUUUUGCCGCCGGACAAGUCUUGAAAUAGAAACACUUGUGCUAAAGAAUUUCAAUUCGCCUUGAUUUAUAUCGCCCCCCGCCGUUUUGUGCCUUUAUCUUCGUCGCGCCGUGUCAGUCCAUGCUGAUGUUCCAUCCAUCCCGUGGGUAUAUAAAAAGGGUCUAUAUAGUAUACACUUUGGCACAAAAUUCUUCCAAACCCCUUUGGCCAACGGGCUUUUAUUCUUUUCGUGUUUUGCUCUGCAUCUUCCUUAUUCUCCAUUAACCCUUGAGUUUACCAUCGGGCGUGCAGAACAGAUCCCUCGCGGACCCAUCCACGUGAUCCCGCUGGGACUCUUCUUUGCUGCAGCCGCCG